UGAGGGAGGAUCCUGUAUCGUUCAUAAUUACAUAAAAAUGGGACAGCACUGUUCAAUUGCAUGUGCACUGUAUUUUAAGAUCACAGAGCUCUUGUAUUAGUUUUUUCAUUCAUUCACUUUCUCUCUCUCUCUCCCUUCUUCUUUCUCUGUUUUCUCUCUGUCUCCAAACUCACAAACAGAAACUCAGUUAUAAAAGGAACCAAAUCCCCCAACCACUUUUUUCUCAACUCUCUCUUUUGUUCUCUCCUCUGAUCUCAGUUUUUCUCUCCCCCUUAACGAACCAACCAUGCAUACUCCUCCUCCUCCAUCAUCAUCUUCUUCUUCUUCUAAUUCUAUUUGGGUAUUGUCUAGCAUAAAGCUUCAAUUCUUUGCACGAAUCAGAAGGUUCCUCCAAUCAAAAGCGACACGAAAGCGCCGAAACCAACCAAGAAACAGAGCUGAGCAGAACAACAACGACAAUAACAAGGUCGAAAAAGUUGUUGAAACGGUUCAAGUCAUGGAGAAGCAUGAGGAGGAGAAGGAAGAAGAGGAGGACUCUGCUAUCAUGUUGCAGAGGACAGUGAAGAAGCUUCACUUUGGAAGCUGGGAAGAGAAGGAGGUGGCAGCCAAGGAUAUUGGAAAUUUGGCAAAAGAAGAUUUGAAGGUUAGAAAGUUGAUAACAGAACUCGGUGUGGUGCCUGUGUUGGUCUCUAUGGUGGCUUCCGACGUGGCCACCCGUCGCAGAGCGGCGUUGGUGGCGUUGAUCCACCUUGCUGAUGGAACUUACACGAACAAGGCUAUGAUAGUGGAGGCAGGAAUAUUAUCCAAGCUGCCAAACACAGUUGACAAUGUAGAUGAAUCAACAAUCAAUGAAUUUUCUGAGUUGCUGUUAUCGUUGUCUUCACUAGCAAACACCCAAUUCCAUUUUCCUUCAUUGGACUUUCUACCAUCACUAAGACACAUUCUUGAGUCAAACUCAUCAAGCUUAGACACAAAAACAUCAUGUUUGGGUGCCCUAUACAACUUUUCAAGCGUGUUAGAGAACGCGGGAGCUUUGGUUUCAUGUGGGAUUGUUCCUAUUUUAUUAGAACUAUCCUCAAGAAAAGAAACUUCAGAGAAAGCAUUGGCAAGUCUAGGGAACUUGUUAGUGAGCAUGAUGGGGAAGAAAGCAAUAGAGAAUAGUUGUUUAGUGCCAAAGAACUUCAUUGAGAUCUUGUCAUGGGAAGACAAACCGAAAUGCCAAGAGUUAUCGGUUUAUAUAUUGAUGAUCCUAGCGCAUCAAAGUUCAAGUCAAAGGGAGAAAAUGGCACAGGCUGGCAUUGUUCCUGUGCUUCUUGAAGUGGUUCUGUUGGGAAGCUCUUUGGCUCAGAAGAGAGCAUUGAAGCUAUUGCAAUGGUUCAAGGAUGAGAGGCAAACCAAGAUGGGGCCACAUUCGGGGCCACAAACACCGAGGUUUGCAUCGAUGGGGUCACCGGUGAAUCAAAGAGAAGCAACGGAAGGGAAGAAGAUGAUGAAGAGUUUGGUUAAACAAAGCUUGCAUAGGAACAUGGAGAUUAUUACUCACAGGGCUAAUGCUGCUGGAGACUCUUCUAGAUUUAAGUCAUUGGUUAUUAGCACUAGUUCUAAGAGUUUGCCUUAUUAAUUUUCAUAUUUUUCAAUUUUCUCUUUCGUGCUAAUAAUGUUGAGGUACAUGUUAGAUACUCCUACAACAUUUGUAUAUGUCCACAAAUAUAAAUGGAAAUCAAACAAUGUCUUUUUUCAA